ACCCCAUUAUAUCUGAACGGUGACACAUUGGUAUAUGAAUGACAUCGUUGACCCGCUAAUAAAACCUACACCGUCGCAGUGACUCCACCAAAUUGUGCUCCGGGAAGAAACUUGUCAAGCCUCGUUUCGGUUCCAUCGUGCUUCGCGUACACUUCAAAAAGGUAUCUACAGUACCUAACGAUUGCCCGGGUUGAUUCAUGCUGGUUAGUAGUUAAUCCUGUUUUAUCUGUGUUUUAUUUGCUAGACAUUGAUUGACUAAAGUAUGUCCUGUACAUGCACAUCGGCCGUGAGGAUAUUCUUGAAUUCAGCACACAGAGGACUGUCUUGUUCUCGUAUUCAACUGUAUGCUUUGAGCAGACCUGGUUCUUGUGAAGCUCACCUGCCACCCAGAGUCCGAGUCAGAUCCUUCCAUGAAACGGCAGUGUGUUUCGUUGCCAAAGAUGGAACAACCAAGGAUGGAUCCAGCGACAGUGGAAAGAAGAACCUCAGUGAGGGAAAGAGACUUCCAGGCUCUUCUGGUGGAUCAGGGAAGGGGGGUAACCAGCUGCACUGUCCCAAAUGUGGAGACCCAUGUACACAUGUGGAGACCUUUGUAUUGUCAACACGUUUUGUAAAGUGUGAGAAAUGCCAUCACUUCUUCGUGGUGCUCUCCGAGACGGACUCUAAGAAGGGUCUGAAAACAGAAGCAGAGUCGCCCGUUGAGGCCUUCACACAGAAACCUCCCCCGCCACCCAAAAAGAUCUAUGCCUACCUGGACAGGUACGUAGUGGGUCAGUCGUAUGCUAAGAAGGUGCUGGCGGUAGCUGUUUAUAAUCACUACAAGAGAAUCUACAACAUCCCUGCUGGGAGCAGACCGGUGGAGGUGGCGAAACGGGCCUCGCUCACUCCACGAGAGCUAGAGACGAGAAGACGGGACGAUGAGUACAGAUUCACCAAACUACUUCAGAUAGCAGGGAUCAGUCCCCAUGGCAACGCUCUGGGAGCCUCCAUGCAGCAGCAGGCUCCUCGGGAGAAGAGGGGCGGGGACGUGUUAGACUCCACCCACACUGACAUCAAACUGGAGAAGAGCAACAUCGUGCUGUUAGGCCCAACCGGAUCAGGCAAGACAUUGUUGGCCCAGACUCUGGCCAAGUGUCUAGAUGUACCUUUUGCCAUCUGUGAUUGUACCACCCUGACCCAGGCUGGCUACGUGGGGGAGGACAUCGAGUCUGUUAUCGCCAAGCUGCUGCAGGACGCCAACUACUCUGUGGAUAAAGCACAGCAAGGCAUUGUGUUUCUGGAUGAGGUGGAUAAGAUCGGCAGUGUUCCUGGGAUCCACCAGCUCAGAGACGUAGGAGGAGAAGGUGUACAGCAGGGGCUGCUGAAACUCCUGGAGGGCACGAUAGUGAACGUUCCAGAGAAGAACUCCAGGAAGUUGAGAGGAGAGACUGUGCCGGUGAACACCACUAACAUCCUGUUCGUAGCGUCAGGGGCCUUCAACGGACUCGACAGAAUCGUCAGCAGACGAAAGAAUGAAAAGUACCUGGGCUUUGGCACACCAUCCAACAUGGGUAAGGGUCGCCGCACGGCGGCGGCGGCCGACAAAGCUAACAGCAGUGAACAGACUGACAUGGUCGCAGAGAUGGAGGAGAAGGACCGGCUGCUGAAGCUCGUGGAGGCCCGGGACCUCAUUGAGUUUGGGAUGAUCCCGGAGUUUGUAGGGCGUCUGCCUGUGGUGGUGCCUCUACACAGUCUGGAUGAAGAGACGCUGGUCCGUAUCCUGACUGAACCACGCAACGCUGUCAUACCCCAGUACCAGGCCCUGUUCAGCAUGGACAAGUGUGAACUGAAUGUAACCACAGAUGCUCUGAGGGCCAUCGCCAAGCUGGCUCUGGAGAGGAAGACGGGAGCCCGAGGCCUGAGGUCCAUCAUGGAGCGGCUUCUUCUGGAGCCCAUGUUCGAGGUGCCAUGUUCAGACAUCGUGUCUGUGGAGUUAACCGAGGACGUCGUCCUGGACAAAUCGGAACCGCACUACGUCAGGGCUCCAGCGAAGGAGGCGGCAGAGGAGGAGUACGACUCUGGUAUUGAAGAGGAGAACUGGCCCAGACAGAUGGACGCAGCAACUAACAACUGAUCUGAUCCACCUUGACCUUUUUUUUUUUACUGACACUCAUUUUCAAGAACUGCUACAAUCUCUACACACAGUGCAAUCUAGAAUCAUUAGAACACCUUCUAGAAUCGUUUUGGAAGCCAGUUGUGGGUUCCUUGAAUUCCAGACCCUGAGACCCCGUGGAGCCCACUACUGAAACUACAGCUUGAUGAAAGUCUUCCUUGACCUUUUGUCUCUCUGUGUUUUCAUAAGGAACAACUAGGAUGUGAGAUCUGUAAUAUACCUGUUGAUCGUGUGAAACAAAUGGUAGUUGUUUAGUUAUGAAUGAAGGGCCACUAACAACAUGGACAUUUUUUUAUUUUAUAUAGUGUGUGUAUAUAUAUAUUUUCCAUCUUUGGGGAUUUGCCUUUUAUCUAUCUUAAGAGAAUGCCAUUUUUAUUCUAAAUGAUUUUUUUAAUGGG